AUGGCGAAGAUUAAGUCCAUCGAGCACUUCCGUGUCAAGCCCCGAUGGCUGUUUGUUAAAGUCACCGAUGAAGAGGGGCGCUUCGGUUGGGGAGAGGGUACGCUGGAAGGACACUCUCUUGCAGUCGAAGGAGCACUCGAUGAAAUUAUCACUCGCAUUGUGGGAUACGAAGCGGACGAUAUCCAACACAUUUGGCAGACAGUAUGGCGGCUCGGGUUCUACCGUGGUGGACCGGUAUUCAUGUCAGCUCUAUCGGGCAUUGACAUCGCUUUGUGGGAUCUGAAGGGCCGAAAGCUGGGCGUCCCAGUCCACGAGCUCCUGGGCGGAAAGGUGCGCCAGAAGGUGCAGGUUUAUGCCUGGAUUGGAGGUGACCGACCAAGUGAUGUCGAGGCUGCGGCGAAAGAACGAAUCGCCCAAGGCCUCAAGUGCGUCAAGAUGAAUGCCACGGAAGAUGUCAACUGGCUCGACUCGCCCGCCGUUUUACAGUCCUGCGUGGAACGAUUGAAAAAAGUGAAGGCUCUGGGUCUUGAUGCCGGUCUGGACUUCCACGGUCGCUUGCACAGACCUAUGGCUAAGCAGCUGGCUAAGGCACUGGAACCUUACCACCCUCUAUUCAUCGAAGAGCCUCUGCUGUGCGAGCAUCCUGAAGCGAUCAAGCAACUUUCCGAGCAGACUACCAUUCCUAUCGCAUUCGGCGAGCGCUUAUACUCCAGGUGGGACAUUAAGAGGUUCUUGGAGGAUUCGUCGGUAGAUGUCCUACAGCCUGAUAUUGCCCACGCAGGAGGUAUCUCCGAAACUAUGCGUAUCGCAAACAUGGCUGAAGCCUACGAUGUUGCUAUCGCACCUCAUUGUCCUCUAGGUCCGAUCGCCUUAGCAGCCUCUCUCCAAGUGGCCGUGUCGAUACCCAACUUUGUUAUCCAAGAGAUGUCGCUGGGCAUGCACUACAAUGUUGAAGCUGGAGAUAUUGACUUGAACAGCUACUUGGUGGAUAAGACGGUCUUUGAUAUUAAGGAGGGAUAUGUGGCUGCCCCCUCGAAGCCCGGCUUGGGAAUUGAUAUUGACGAAGAGCUGGUCCGGAGGAUCAGCAAGGAGACAGAGCCUUGGCAGCCCAAGGAGUUCUAUGGACCAGAUGGCUCUAUUCGUGAGUGGUAA